AUGGCCAUUUGUGACUCAAAUUAUUGUUUUCGCAUCAUUAAUGUCGGAUCUUACGGCAAAGAAAGUGAUUGCAAUGUUUUUAAAAUGUCACCAUUCGGUAAGAAGUUAUAUUCCGAUAAAACAAACUUUCCACCCGAACGAUGUCUACCUGGGGAUGAUCAAGGCGUACCACAACCAUUUAUACUGGUGGCUGAUGAGGCUUUUGCUCUCAAUAAAAAUUUAUUGCGACCGUUUCCUGACAGAAUGACGAACGACGGAUUUUUAAUUACCGUUUGUCUAGAGCCCGUCAGUACAUUGAGUGUUCGUUUGGAAUUUUGUCAAAGAAAUGGAGAGUGUUUCAAACGAGCAUGCUAG